AUGCCGACCAACAAUUCUAGUUUGGUUCCCAAAUCGGAGCAGUUACAGCAGCAACAGGAGCAGAGGAACUCGGCGGCCGGUCAGCCCCUGAUCCCGGCAGCCGGUUCGGUCACCGAAGAAUACCAAGAGUCCCUUGAAGGAGGUUCCAAGACAUCGAGCCCCCUGCCGGACUCCGACAAGCGGGGUCCUGCCUUCAGGCCCCUAGUCCAUCAGCCGCAGUCCAAGGAGAGUCCGCUCAUCUUCGAGAAGAGCAAGCUCAAGAGACUCAGGCAUUCGGCCAUACGAGACGACGGCUAUUGUUCUUCUUCCAGCACACCCCUCUCUUCCGAGUACGUGGAUCACCUAGGCAGCACCGAGGGUCAAACGGAAGUGAUCCUGGCUGACGGGGUGGCGUCUACGGUCCCCAUCGUGGUGGACGCUAAGGCCGCGGACUGCAAGGGUGGCUCCGUCGUUCCUUCGGGUCCUCACGACUCCGGAGACCGCCCCACGUGGAAGAACAAGGCAGACUUCCUCCUCUCCAUCAUCGGGUUCGCGGUAGACCUGGCUAACGUCUGGAGGUUUCCUUACCUCUGCUAUCGGAAUGGUGGAGGGGUGUUCCUGAUACCAUACCUACUGAUGCUUGUUUUCGGAGCUUUGCCGCUCUUCUACAUGGAGCUGGUGCUGGGCCAGUACAACAGACAGGGCCCCAUCAGUGUCUGGAAGCUGUGCCCACUCUUUAAAGGUGUGGGUUACUGCUCGGUGCUGGUGUCGUGGUACGUGUCCUUCUACUACAACGUGAUCAUCGGCUGGGCGCUGUACUUCAUGUUCUCAUCCUUCCGAGCCGAGCUGCCAUGGGCCCGGUGCGGCAAUCCCUGGAACACGCCCAGCUGCUAUAGCGGCACCCUGGACGACAAUGGCACAGUCCAGGAUGACUCGAUGCCCAUCGAAAACCGCACCUCCCCCGCUCUCGAGUUUUUCAAUCGGGCGGUGUUGGAGCUGCACACGAGUCCUGGCAUGCACGAUCUGGGCGUCCCCAAGUGGCAGCUGCUCCUCUGCGUCAUGCUCGUCUUCGUCAUCCUCUACCUGGCGCUGUUCAAAGGUGUCAGCUCCUCCGGCAAAGUGGUGUGGGUGACGGCGACGGCUCCUUACGUCAUUCUGACCCUGCUCCUGCUCCGAGGGGUACUGCUUCCUGGCGCCGGUACGGGGGUUAAGUACUACCUCCAGCCCAACGUGGACAAGCUGCUGGAAACCCAGGUGUGGGUGGACGCUGCUGUGCAGGUUUUCUACUCGGUAGGAGUCGGGUUUGGAGUGCACCUGACGUACGCCUCCUACAACCCGUUCCACAACAACUGCUACAGGGACUGCCUGAUGACGACGGCGGUGAACAGCUUCACGAGCUUCUACAGCGGCUUCGUGAUCUUCGUGUACCUGGGCUACAUGGCGGCCAAGCAGGGCGUCCCCAUCCAGACGGUGGCCACCGAGGGCCACGGCCUGGUGUUCCAGGUGUACCCGGAGGCCAUCGCCACCCUGCCCGGGGCUCCCAUCUGGGCCGUCCUCUUCUUCAUCAUGCUCCUCACCCUGGGCCUCGACAGCGCCAUGGGCGGUCUGGAGAGCGUCAUCACGGGUCUGAUGGACGAGUUCAAGCCCUUUUUCUCCCGGUGGCGGUGUCGGCGAGAGGUCUUCACGGCCGUCGUCAUCUGCGCCUCCUUCUGCGUGUCCAUCGUGAACGUCACCAGGGGCGGAGGCUACAUGAUAACCUGGUUCGACACCUAUUCGGCCGGCAUCUCCCUGCUCUGCUCGGCGCUUUUCGAGUCUAUUGGCAUCGCCUGGUUUUACGGCUUGGACCGAUUCUGCGGCAACAUCAACGAGAUGCUGGGAUUCCGCCCCGGGAUCUUCUGGCGGCUUUGCUGGAAGUUUAUCACUCCGACUUUUCUUGUGGCGGUGAUCCUGAGCGGCAUCGUUAACCAGGCGCCCGUGGAGUACCACAACUACCGGUACCCAACGUGGGCCAUCAACAUGGGCUGGGGCCUGGCCCUGUCCUCGGUCGCCAUGGUGCCCAUCGUGGCCGCUUUCAAGCUGUGCCGGGCCAAGGGCACCUGCGCCGAGAAACUUGCCUACACUAUUACUCCAGCAAGCGAACGGCAAGAAGAGAAAGAACACGGCGCUGUGGAGAGGUUCAAGCUGAGCCACUGGACCUAUGUGUAA